AUGUUUUCCCUUCUCCUUUGGGUUUUAGAUUCUGAGGUGAAGAUAUUUUGCUCCAGAAAUAUCCUGGCCAUCCUUGGCUUCUCCUGCAUUAUAGCUGUGAUAGCUUUGAUCGCUGUGGGGCUGACUCAGAACAAACCGUUGCCAGAAAAUGUCAACUAUGGGAUUGUGCUGGAUGCAGGCUCUACUCACACAAGUUUGUACAUCUAUAAGUGGCCAGCAGAAAAGCAAAAUGACACAGGGGUGGUGCAUCAGGUAGAAGAAUGCAAGGUAAAAGGUCCUGGAAUCUCAAAAUAUGUUCAGAAUGUAAAUGAAUUACAUAAUGUCCUGAAUGAAUGCAUGGAAAGAGCCAGGGAUGUGAUUCCAAGGUUACAGCACCAAGGGACACCUGUUUACCUGGGAGCCACGGCAGGCAUGCGGUUGCUCAGGAUGGAAAAUGAACAGUUGGCGGAUAGGGUCAUGACUGUGGUGAUGAAGUGCCUCAGCAACCAGCCCUUUGACUUCCGGGGUGCCAGGAUUAUCACUGGCCAAGAGGAAGGUGCCUAUGGGUGGAUUACUAUCAACUAUCUGCUGGGAAAAUUUGUUCAGAAAUCAAGUUGGCUCAACCUUAACCCACAAGAAGGCAAUGGUCAGGAAACCUAUGGAGCUUUGGACCUUGGGGGAGCCUCUACACAAAUCACUUUUGUGCCCCAAAACCAGACUAUCGAGUCCCCAGCAAAUGCUCUGCAAUUUCGCCUCUAUGGCAAGGACUACAGUGUAUAUACACACAGCUUCCUGUGCUAUGGGAAGGAUCAAGCACUCUGGCAGAAACUGGCCAAGGACAUUCAGGUUGCAAGUAAUGGAAUUCUCAGGGACCCAUGCUUUCAUGCUGGAUAUCAGAAAGUUGUGAAUGUAAGUGACCUUUACAAGACCCCCUGCACCAAGAAAUUUGAGAAGACUCUUCCAUUCCAUCAGUUUGAAAUCCAGGGUAUUGGAGACUAUCAACAGUGCCAGCAAAGCAUCUCUGAGCUCUUCAACACCAGUUACUGUCCCUACUCACGGUGUGCCUUUGAUGGGAUUUUCUUGCCAGAAGUCCGAGGGAAUUUUGGGGCAUUUUCAGCUUUUUAUUUUGUGAUGAACUUUUUAAACUUGACAUCAGAGAAAGUCUCUUCUCAGGAAAAGGUGAUUGAGAUGAUGGGAAAUUUCUGCUCCAAGUCUUGGGAGGAGAUAAAGAAAUCUUUUGCUGGAGUAAAGGAGAAAUACCUGAGCGAAUACUGCUUUUCUGGUACCUACAUCCUCUCCCUCUUUCGGCAAGGCUAUCAUUUCACAGCCAAUUCCUGGGAACACAUUCACUUUAUGGGCAAGAUCCAGGGCAGCGAUGCUGGAUGGACUUUGGGCUACAUGCUGAACCUGACCAACAUGAUCCCAGCUGAGACACCGGCGUCCAGACCUCUCUCCCACUUCACCUAUGUCUUUCUCAUGGUCUUCUUCUCCCUGAUCCUGAUUGCAGGGAUCAUCACAGGCUUGUUUAUCUUUCACAAGCCUUCGUAUUUCUGGAAAGAAAUGGUAUAG